AUGCCUAAUUCCGCUGACAACACCAAGCAGUCUCACUGCCGCACACCACAGGUCAACAGCAGCGCCUCCGCCUGGCUCGGCACGCAGCGGACAGCGCGCGACGUGGUGGCGAACGCCGCCGCCAAGGCCACGGCGGGCAAGGGGUUUGGUGCACCCAAGGCAGGCGCGGCCGCCAAGGUCCCCACCAAGUGCCCCUGCGGGUCUGGCAAGACCUAUGAGAACUGCUGCGGCCGCCUGCACGCGGGCGAGCCCGCGCCCGGCCCCGAGGCGCUGCUGCGCGCGCGGUUCAGCGCGUACAAGCUUCAGCUGGCGGACUACCUGGUGGCGACGACGCACCUCAAAAACCCGGAGCACACGGGGGAUGCGAAGUCGUACUCGCGCGUGGUAAUGAAGACGGCGCGCGCCAACACUUUCAUAUCCUUGCAGGUGGAGAGCCAGGAGCCCGGCGCUACCGAGGACGAGGCCUUCAUCACGUUUACUGUGCACACGCGCCACAACGCGGCGGCGGCGCAGGGGCGGCCGGCGGACGCGACGCGCGAGAAGAGCCAGUUUGUGCGUGAGGGCGGCAGGUGGCUGUACCGCGACUGCGUCGAGUAA